AUGUGUGCUAAUGCCUCAAAUCGAGGCAAAUGUGUGUCGACACAAAUGCAAUCUAUGUUAAAUUUAAUGGUGCUGUUGUGUUUUCAUAGUUAUGCCACCAGAACAAUAGUUAUUAAUUGUUUUGUUUUGAUUUUUACUUUUUGUCUUGGUAAUUUAAAAAAUCAGAAGGUCAGUGAGACUAAAGAAAAGAUGAAAAGGUAGGAACAAUUAUUUUAGCCAUGAAAUGAUGGCAGAUUGUAUUUAACUACAUUUGCUUUAUUUUUAAAUCAUACAUUUGUUUUCGUCAUUUGUAAAUCAACAAAAUAUUAUUGUUAAUUGUGCACUAAACCAAGUGUUUUUUGAAUGUAAGCAGUGUAAAAUGUGACUAAUCAUGUUUUGCAACACAUUUUAUGCCUUAGACAGUGCCCAGAGCUUUUGAAAGCCAAUGAAGAUUGUACUUUGUCUAGCCCAGACCUUACAUCAUAACAUACAAGACAUGAACAGAGUAAAUUAUUUUUUAGCAAAAUUAAUCAUUUAGGAGGACAAUAUAACUUUAUCUGAUAGACAGCUACAGUGUUCUAGACAAAGGAUGAAGCAACAUGGUACAUUUACGGUACAAAGCUAAGAAACUAAAUUAGUACAAUAGUUACAGUACACGCAACGCCCCACAGGGCAAGAAGAGUCACGUUUAAACUGCAUUUUACAAUUAGGUUGUAAAACUUUCUUUUCAGUACUGGAAUUGUCUUUGAUGAAAGGAUGAAGAGGCAUUUUAAUGUGUGGGACAAGUAAGUGUAAUCAUCAAUAAAAUACAAGUUAACAUUUGUUAACAAUAUUUAUUUGCAUAAGGCAGCAUUGCCAAAACGUCAGUUAAGACUCUUUUGAACAGUGUCGUUUUUACAAUUUUCAAAUUAACAUCAAGUAGCUACACUGCGCAAGGAAUUUAAUAUUUAUUUGCAUCUCAUUUAUAUAGAUGGCAUUGCAUAGAAAAAAAUAAUAAUAAUAAAUAAAGGAUAAUAGUAGAAAAAUACAGCAAUGAAAUUACGAAAUGAAAAAUCAACAAUAAUUAGUUACAACAUGUCCUGACUCUUUUUCCCUUUUCUUGAAAGUUCAAAAGCAAAAUAACCCUUGUGUUUACAAUUUUUUACAAAUAAAAGAAUAGAUCUACGUUAUUAAAAAGGAAUAACAUUUUGUCUUGUUCAUGUUUAUAGUAUUAAGGAUGGAAUAUUUCAGGAUUAUUUCAGUGAACCAUGGUUUUUAAACUGCAUGAAAAGGAAACUGAUUGGCUUAGUAUUUUUUACUCAUAAAGGUGACAUCCCAUGGAAUGUGGCCUGUGAAAGAUUCAAACCUUCCUGGCCUGGAAGGCUAAUGAGCAUAAAAAAAAAACUUCCACAGGAGAGGUAUAAAUUGAUAAUUCCACAACAUAUUAGAAAAAACAAAAACGUCAUGUAAAGUAAUUUUAGAUAUUUGACCUGACUGGAAGGCUUGGUACAUCCUUUAGUAUACAUGGAGGUUCUUAUUCAGUUUACAGUUAUUGUACUAUUACACAACUGUAAAUGUUAAAAAGACUUCCUGGUAUUUCCUAGAACUCAUCCAGAGGUCCCUGACAGGAUUCAACGGCCAUAUGACAAACAUAAAGAAUAUGGUCUUUUGGAAAGAUGCCAGGAAAUUCCUGUAAGUUCUACAUGGGCACAGAAAAUGUUCAAAUACAGAGAAAUAUUGCUCUAUAUUGUUAAACAGGCCUAUAGGCAUAUAACCAUAUUACAAGUUACUUAUCAUUAUCAUUAUUUAUUAUUAUUGUUAUUAUUAUUAUUAUCAUUAGUAUAUAAUAAUAAUAAUAAAAUUAAUAUUGUUAUUCACCUUUGCUAGGCCAGGUUUGCUUCUGAUGAGGAGCUAUUAACUCUUCACAGGUAUGUGGAAAGUCAUUUUCUUAAAAUACUAGGGAGCAACAUACCAGUUUACUGUGGUGAAGAACCUGUUUAUUUUGUUUAUUGGAGGAACAAUAUUAUUAUAUUAUAUGAUUGCACAGUUCAUUAUGAUGCUCAAUGUACCUGUAUGAUCUGAAGGCUGUCAUUAAGAGCCGGGUGCGAGGGGUUUCAACUGGCUACUAUAGCAGUGACACCCAGCUACUUUUGUAGGAACCAAAUGAAAUCCCUGGCUGCUAGAUUCCUCCCCCCCCACCCCCCAUUGUUGUUUUAGCUGACAAAUUGAAUCUUAGUGAUAACCCUGUGUAUGUUUACAUGGUAAUUAGUGUAUGAACUCCUUUAGCAAACAAAAACUAGAAAGUAGAGAUUAUACAAGUACGGCACGUCAUAUUAGAUUUGUUUUUUUUCUCUUUUUAUAAUCUGUGUUACUUUCUAGUGAACAUACCUCUGCCUCCCCCCAAAAAAGCCACUGCUACCUUUAGUAAUCACAUGAUUUUUCCCGUGCAAUUUCAGAUAAAUCAGCUCUCGUAAAUUUUUCAAAGAUCACAAAUUGCACUCGCCUAGCUAUGGGUUUGUGCAGUUUUGUUAGUCUUUGAAAAAUUUACCUGUGCUGAUUUAUCCCAAAUUGCACUCAGAAUCAUGUGAUUACCUAUACUAACAAACAUUUUACUGUUUUAGUGAAGGCCACGUUAACAAGAUGAAAUCAACGGAGACCAUGACAAAAGAAGAGUUGUACAACACAGCUGCUUGUGAUUAUGAUUCUAUUUAUUUGAGUCAGGUGAGGAUUGUUUACAGUGAUUAUCAAGCUACUGAAUAUGCAACAUGUUGCCUACAAAUUUGUGAGACUUUUUUUCUAUUCUUAAAAUCACUGUUUGCAAGCUGGUCCUCGAGGGCUGGCAUAGAUGUUUGUUCAACGCAGACAAGCAUUAUACAUUUUCAGAACCAAUUACUGAUAUAGUAGUGGUAAAGUAUACAUUUAGCCAAGGCCCAAAGCAAAGCUCUUGUUGUAUCGUUUAAUGAAAAAUGUCUUUCUCAAGUAAUUCAACUUUUGCAUUUUGAAAGUAAAGUAAAUUCCGCUAUAAAAUAUGGACCUUAGCCCACGAUCAAUUGAAAACCAAAAACUGGUCAGUGGAUAACUUUUUAAAAAAUACAUGAUCUCACUGAGUUGUGUACCUCAUGUGACACUGGUCAGCAGACACCCUUUUUGGACAGCUUUCAAUUGAUCAUAACAUGGAUGUCCAAUAGUACCACACUUAAACAUUGAUAGUAUAUGCCUUGAACUAUAUGCUAUUUCACAUCCACUAACAUGGAGGGUUGGAGGUACUGACGAUUUUGUCAGAACCAAAAUUUCCUGCAUGCAUUGAUAAACAAAUUUUCUUACCCAUAGUGCUUCGCUGUGCGAGAGCUCCAUUUUAAUGUUAAUGUAUAAAUGUUUUUGACCAGCGCUGAUUUAAAAAGCAGAUAUCUGGUCUUUUAAUUCAAAGAUCAUCUGUAAUUUAUCCAUUAGCUCUUUCAACAGUGCUGUAUUAGUUUUAUUGUAAUUUUGUGAGUGUUCUAUACAUAGCAGUAAACGAAAAAUCUUAGACAGAAGCAUUUUUCAUUUCAUUUUUGUCAUAGCAUGCCCAUGAAAGCGCUCGUCUCGCUUGUGGUUGUACUCUGUCUGCAGUGGAGGCUGUUGUAACGAAUAAGGUGAAGUAGAUGUUCUUUGUAUCACACUCUCACUCAAUUAAGGCCAUAAAAGUGUUGCCUCGUAGGCAAGAAAUUCUGCGGGAAUUUCCCUUUUUAAAACCAGUCGUCCUGCAUGAAAUUGUUCUCGUUCAAGUUGCCGCAAAAAUCGCCCCAUGUAAAGGAAUUUAGGAGUGGAACUUGGAUUCUGGAUUAAGUGGGAUUCGGAAUCCUUGAGCUGUAUUCCGGAUUCCAAAUCCCAGGAUUCCGGAUUCCAUAACCAAAAUUUUCCCUGAUUCCAGAAUCCGCAUUCCCUCACAUGGGGCGACGAAAAGAUCAAAAGUUUCCGUUUUCCUUUCAUUUUGGCCGUUUAGGUAAUUAAAUAAGGUUAUUAACUCGUGCAUGUUUUGUUCCCCUCAGGUUCAAAAUGCAGUGGCUAUUGUAAGGUAUUAUUAAUUUUUUCUAUGUACAGUUAAAGAAAGAAAAUUGUGCAAAGUUUUAAAACAGCCCUAUAUAGAGUAGUUUUAUUGGCGAACUAUGAUAGUAAGUUUUACAAACUUCUAAAAAAGUCGUUGGGAAGGGUUUGGAGACAUCCCCAAUAUUUCCUUCAUUGAUUCAGAGCUUUAAUGUUUAGUAUGAAUUCAUUUAGUAUAGCAGCAGCCGAUAAGGACUCCAAUAAAAACGAAGUACAUGUAGCAUUGAUCAUUCUGAUCAAUCUAUCAGAGAAAAAAAGAUGGGCAGUGCUAUAAAAACUAUUGCGAGUUUCUUUAAUUUGAUUUGUCGUUGUUGUUAUUGUUUUCUGUCAGACCGCCAGGUCAUCACGCCGACACGGAUUUUGCCAUGGGUUAUUGCUUUUUCAAUAAUGUGGCUAUUGCUGCGAAAAUAGCGCAGACUAGAUGGAAUGUGAAGAAGUAAGAAUGCCUUUUUUAUAUAACGCAUUGUUUGUUGGAGAAGUUCUGUCCACUUUACGCAAGGAUAUUCGUCUUAUUUUUAGCCCGACGUGAACGGUGUAGAAAUCGCAAGAAGGUUAGGCGUUUGCCAACUCAGUACACGGCAAGGGUAAUCUCCACUUGGAUAACCUAAAUACAGAGACGCGCAUUAUCACGAAAUUCACCGAUACCAGAAAGAAAAAAAUCAAGCAGAAGUUGUUGUGUAUAAGAGAGGCCUUAUUGCCCUUAAACAACAGAAAAUGUCGGACCAAAAAUAAAAAGGAAAGGAAAGAAAACGAAAGGAAAUGGGACAUACGACGGACAGGCGUUGUUGUUUGUUUGUUUUUCGGAAGGUUGGGGUGGGGUGGGUAGAAGAUCACUAAUGCUCGUGGUGGCGCACUACUGAGUCCUCCCCGCCCCAUAUCGUUUCGUCCUUCGCCCUUUCGUCCUAUGCCCACCCUAUCGAUCGCAUUUUUACCCUUCUCGAUCUUCCUCUGCUCUCAAUGUGAAACAUGGCGACUGCAGGUUAUCUGUUUACCCACUGGCCCCAAAAAUUCACCUUAGGCGACCAAUGCUGUGGUGGAUGAAAGCAAUGCUAGAAAGAAAAAACUGUUUUACCAUUUUAUCGGCGAAAGGAGAACAGUCCCUUUUGAAAACCCGUUAACUCGAGAAUAUCAAUGAAUGGACUUCGCUGAUCACUAUCUGUUACAAUUAGGGUGCUCAUUGUGGACUGGGAUAUUCACCAUGGUAACGGAACUCAGCAUCUUUUUGAAUCUGAUCCGAGGUAUGUAUAAUAUACUGACUGGCAAUAGAAGUAGUGAUUAAGGUGGUUUGUAAGGUUAUUUUUUCUGGUUUUUAUCACGUGUGUAUCGUGAUGAAAAAUUUUUCAAAAAAAUGUUAUGCAAACCAUGCGACAACGUCUUGACACUCACUUCACGAAACUAUUCUCAGGCUAAUAUUUAGGGUUUGUCAGGUUUUGAGUUUGGACGUAAUUUUCGUUGUUAUAGCAGCGGUGCAGCUCUCCGAAACCGGAAGUAGCGUCUAAACCAAGCUUUCUUCACAAUUUUUCUAAUUUGGAACUAGUUCGUCGAUUAAAUACAAUAAUUCUCCACUUCGUUUUAGCGAACCUUUCUUGCGUACUUAGGUUUUACAGAAAAGAAAGCAAAUCGAGGAAUGUCUCGUACGCAAAACAUGGCCACAGAGAUUUCCUGGGAGCUUUUUAUGGCGCUCAAUUUGUUACUGAAUAGAGUGAAUUGGUACCUUAUCGGCCACCACAAACAAAUCCAAACUUUCUUUUAGCACGAAUGGUCCCACUAAAUGUUUGUUAUUACCUGUCUAACUGACUACUUGCCUGCGGUCUUGUUGUUUUAUUUCCUAGCGUUUUGUACUUUUCCAUACAUCGAUACGAUCAUGCGCAGUUCUUUCCUUUUUCCACAAGUGCCAAUUAUGAUUUUGUUGGUUGCGGAGAUGGAAAAGGGUACACAGUCAAUGUGCCUUGGAAUACGGUAAAUUAACAGCCAUAUACUUUUUCUGGAUUGGUGUCAGUUGUGUUAAAUGAUUUGCCAGGUGCUUGAAAAUGUUUCAGCAUAUUAAUAGGGUUGCUAAAUAGGAAACAGUUUCUCAAGAAGAAAUGUCUUUCAUGUUCUUUCUAAACGCUUUGUUCUUUAAUGGAUAAUAGGUCUUUUUAGUACCCAUGGUUCUCUGAAUGAAGUUUUGUGAGGAGUUUUAAAGUCUAAGUAGCCCAUAAUGCUUCUAUUGGACAACGUAUUAUUUGAACGGAAGAACUGUUCGUUGCUAAUGUUUGCUCCGUCAUUUUUCAUUGAUUGUAAAAUUCAGUUGUUUAUUGUUAUUUCAUCAACAGAAGCAUAUGGGUGAUGCUGAUUACCUUGCUGUAUUCCAUCAUAUUCUCCUUCCUAUUGCUUACGAGGUAUAAUACCAGUGUGUGCACGCAACCGCUCUGAGGACGAUAUUUGUUUUUAAGUUAUUUUCGCGUAUUAUAAAAAAUAGACACCUCCGAAGGGUUCAUUUUCCCACCAGAAAACUAGCACGGUUAUUUUUAUUGAAGGAGGUUAAGCUCCGAGCGCAAAAUGAUAAAACGUCUAGCAUUUGAUAACUUGUUCCUGCCACUACGACAUUCUUACUAAGACUCGUAGUAGAAUGACAACGGAGGCUAUCUCGUUUUCCCGCCAAAAUGACGCUGGUUCACGCGCGCGCUUUAGUUUUUUGUUGGGAAGAUUUCGUCCUCGUAGUUAGCCUGCAAAAACAGCCGACUUUCCUCGCCUCUCUGCUCUAGGGAUGUUUCGCCAAGAGGGACGUGUGCGCCUCAGCGACAGAAAUUCCAUAAUGAUGACGUAAAUCAAUGUUUUCAUAAUAAAUCCGGUCGGUAAUCAUGGAUUUCCAAAUGUAAAUUUGUCGAUUUUAUGUUUCUCGUGGUCGAUUAUGGUAAAGUUUUACAUUCCUUUGUGACCAUUUUUCUUUGGUCUGUCGUUCGUAAGAAAUAGCUAAAACAAUAUAACUACCAUGUCGACCAAGCAGAGCUUCUGACCAGAUUCUGAUCAGUAUGGAAUUUCUGUCGCUGGAGGCGCAGACGUCCCUAGCGGCGAGGAGCGAGGAGAGACAAUUGUUUUCGCAGGCUACUUCGUAGUCGUUCCUGUCACAAAAUCUUAAGGUCUUUAGUAUCUUGGAGCCUGGAACAGGCUUACUAUUUGGAUGCAAAAAGGUCUUAACGAAUGCUUACAUCGUAUUUCUAUUUUCAGUUUGACCCUGAUCUGGUUUUGGUGUCAGCCGGAUUUGAUUCCGCCCUCGGAGAUCCAAAGGUGAAGUUUUUCCUGAAAACUUUCGUACAUUAAAAUCAAAUCAAAACAAAACAAAACAAUACUGAGCGACAAAAAUUCUUUAAUGAAAAGUCUUUUAGCCAUUUUUGGCACGCUUAUCAGAACACGAGCGUGGAACCAAAAACUUGGAUCUAUAAAUACCAGACGGACGGACAGACAGACGGAGAAUUUAAUCAGUGAGCUACAAAGAUUUCCAAGAUUUAAGUUUUUCAACACAGUGGCGCUAAAAAACUACCGAAAGUUAAUAACACUUAAUGAAGAGUACAUAAAUAUAAUGCCGCACGGAUAGUCUUGACUUUAUCACCCGAUAUAUUAUUGAAUGGACCAUACUGUGAAACAUUUUCGCCAACUCUUCGUUGCAAAAACGAUGAAGUUAACUCUAGUUUUAACUUUCGGACUGAACGCAACUUAUAGAAGAUCAUAGGAAGAUAAAAUGUUUUGACUCUGUUUCCGUUGGUAGUGGAAGAUCUUCAGUCGGUUGUCCCCAGAUGGCUUCGCUUCUUUAUAAAAAAAUCCUGUCAUUUUAUUUUCCUUUUUUUUAUGCAGGGACUGUGUGAUGUGACUCCUGAGGGUUAUCAUCAUCUUACGAAGUUGUUAAUGAAUUUAGCAAAUGGAAAAGUAGUCGUUGCCCUUGAGGUAAAGCAGUUCACAACUUUGUAGUAUUUUUUUUUACGGGCUUUGCUUUAAUAUCCAUAAUAGAAAGUAGAUACAUCGAACUAAAAGAGUGUAAGACAGUGUCUCAAGGAACCUCUCGGCUGUUGAUUGAACUAGUUUGAAAGACUUUCUACUAAUACGUUGACAUGCGUCGUAGUUUACGAAGAUCUGUUGUAUGUAUGAAAGGGAACCUCCACUCUUACUACAGAAUAAGUUUAAAUCGAAUAAAAUUAUGUUAAUAAACAAAUUUGUUCGAAAUUUGUCCUUAAAAAAAGUGUUUAUAUCAGGAAAAGUGAAUUUUAAAAUCGCUUAUUUUCACUUUCCAAUUUCGCGGGCGCCGCCAUCUUGAAUAAUUGUGACGUGUUAUGGUUGCUCUAUUGUUCUGACACAAAGAGCUUUUGUUUAAUAACAACAGGGCAACCGUAACACGUCACAAUUAUUCAAGAUGGCGACGCCCGCAAAAUUUGAAAACAAAAAUAGGCGAAUCUAAAAGUUAUUUCUUUCGGAUAUAAACGCUUUCUUUAAAAAUAUUUUAGAUUGACUUGACUGUAACAGUUAUUUCCUGUGAUUUAAAGUUAUCUUUUUGUUGAAGUGGAGGUUCCCUUUAAUUACUUCCAAACUGGGUUGAUUAGCUUUAAUAUUCACGCUUGGCUCCGGUUUUUGAUGAAGUUCUCGUCCAGUUCGGAAUAGAUCAUCAGAUUGUGUGACGUUUCGAUUUGUGAAAGUGAAUGUUGUGGAUUUGCGUUCCCAUUACACUCACCUGAAAACUAAUUCCUUACAGGGAGGAUACAAUCUCACUUCCGUGGAGGAAUCCAUGUGCGCCUGCACUUCAUCUCUUCUUGGAGACCCGUGUCCUCGAUUCAAUGGGUCUAUGACACCCUGCGAAAGGUAACAUGACGUAAACAUUAGUUUACAACUGCCAAACGUUCGAUUGACCGUAUUCCUGAAUAAGAAUACACAGAAUAAUCCGCUUUAGUAAAAUCCAACUAGUGGUCUAUUAUCAAUGCUGCAUUCUGAUUGGUUGAGCUACUACUAGGCUAUAUGUUAUAGCCCACUAGUAGCGAAAAGCGCGGGCUUUUUGGCGGAUUACUCCUCUCGCCCUCAUGGCCUCUGACUCAACUCAGAGGCCAUUCGGGCUCGAGGAAUAAUUGUUGAUUAUUCUUUCGAUUAACCUGCUAUUUCAGUUUUGGAAUAAGGGGAAUAUAUUACACACUUUCUUCUCCAGGGAGGAGAAUGCUUGGAAUAAAAAGAAAUAAUGAGGUCACUUUCCUCGCCUCGUGGCUAGAUUUCACAGCUAGCAACGACGACAGCAAGGAGAACCUAUAAAAAAUUAAACCAAUAGGGUUUAUUAAGCAAAACAACAACAUCACGCUUUUUGGUGCAUGUUGUUUCCGUCACUGCUCGACUACGACUUGAAAGUGCCUUUCACGUUUUACAGAGGACGUAAACAAAGCACGACGAAUUUUUUUUUUUUAAAACUUAAGUGUGAUCCCCAAGAAAUCAACUCCAGGUAAAUUCGCCUACAUUUGACAUUUUCAGCGAAUUGGAUUAAACGGGACAAAAUUUCAAAAUAAGCUAAUUCAGUUUAAAAGUGAUAUUUUCGUUGCUGUCGCCGUCGUCUGUGCUAAAGCUCCCUGAUAAAAGAUUUAAGCGACGAAAAUGAGAAACUCCGCAGAAAAUCCUACCACUAUAAUUGAAGAAACCUUUUGGGCAUUUUUCCUUACAGAAAACUAUUAAAUUUCUUACUCGGCGUUAUCUGUAAUGCAAACAUGCGCUCAUUGGUGCGUUCGAUUGAUCGUAUUCCGGAAUAAGACUACGCAGAAAUUUUUGUUACAAAUCUCUUCUACCAUGAUUUUUGGACCAUUUAAUCAGAGUAAUAUAUAGAUUUAGCCAGGGCAAAAGCAAAACUCUCUUUAAUAUUCAUAAUUUAUUUAAACAAAAUAUAAACUAUGAUCGUGUAAUGCUAAAAAGACGUUGAAAACAACGAGAACGGUUAAAAACAACAACUUUGCACUUUGUGUCACCCUUUGUCCGGGUUGCCAUGCAAUAUAUAUAUAUUUUAAGCUUCAUUAUGUUUUUAUUUAUUGAUUAAUCAUUUCACAGGGCCCACAUUGAUAGCAGUUAUUUAACUGAAGUGGUUACCCUGUAUAAAUAAUUUAUUUAUUAUUAUUAUUUACCGCCGAAACGCGUGGGACGCGUGAAAUGCAAAAUUUUACCUCAGCUUACACGAAGGGGUGGGCCUAUGUACGGACGAUUUUGUCAGAACCAAAAUUUCUUGGAUGCAUGAUAACCAGAUUUUCUCACCCAUGGUGCUCCGCUAUUAGAUAUUGUAAUGCCAUGAAUGUCAGAGCAAGACCGUUUCAUUUUUCAUUUGUCGCUUUAUUCUGCAGCUGUUUUGAGACGAUCAUCAAUGUUAUUGGUGAGCACAGCAAGUACUGGAAUUCGCUUAAGAUUAUUGGUGAGUGAGGUUCGAUUGAGCUAGAACAAGCUGCAGAAAGAUGUCGUGUCACUAGGGCGGCACAUAGAGUAAGACUAUAAUCCCCGACUGAGUUUGAACCGUUGACAAUCACAACAUCGGUCACUGCUUCUCAUGUACUGGGGAACCUUUGCUAAUAGUUUUUUUUCCUCAUUAGCAAACGCUUCUUGUUUUCUUAUCAACUUUCAGAACUUUGAGUUUUGAAUGAUUACAGGGACAUGGGCCCAAUAACCCUUCUCUGAAAAUUGUGAUGUUUUUAAAAAGCUCUAAAUGUGGUUCAGAAACAAUUUUGCCUCUAUAAAUUUUGGAUCUUCUCAUGCCCGCUCAGAAGCUCUUGGCUGGAUACGGUAUCAGUAUUGUUAGAUGUCAUCUAAAACCGAAGUUACUAAUAAGAGCGCUCACUAUUCAGUAUUGAGGAAAAAAUUCCAGCCAUAUAACAGUCGUCACCGUGUCACGAGCGCCGCACAAACCAAAUAUCGGAGUCCAAAUUAGUGAGAUUUGUAGAGUAAGCGACCGCUGUGAAGGUUUGAAAAGCAGGUUGAAGUACCUGGUAACUUCGAACCUGAAUGCCCUCUUGAUGUCUAAUUUAUAUUGUAUCCUUUCUCAGCUCUGCUAAAUAAAAGUGAGCAAAACAUCGAAGGUGGACCUACUCAGGCAAAAAAGGAAGUCAUGUAAGUUAAUGACUGUACCAAUAAAGGAGUAAAACACAAUUGCGGCUUUUUUCAAACGCGCUAUGCGUCGCGGUUACGAGAGCUCGCAACACUCGACACCAGAUCUUUCUUUGCUUGGCUUGCCUGCUUGCUUGUUUUUCGUCUCCUAUCGAACUAAAGCUAUCGCAUUAGUCUACUCAACAACUGUAAGAGGUUUGUUUAUAAUUUGGAGUGUUAUUGUACAGUUCUUAUCGUCUUUUUUUUUUUUUUUUUUUUUUUUCAUUUAGCUGCCCAAGGAUACCGGAGGACUUCAUAGGUGAGUUUUAUUUCGGAUUAUGAGUUGUAGGCAGUUUUGUUGAAGGUGACGAACUCUUUGUACUAGUUCAGGCAUAUACAGAGGCCGGUAACUGAUGGCAAAGUUAAAGAAGGUUUUAUUUUUCUUUAGCUGAAUCGUUGUUGUCUUAAAGCUCACGAAUGAGGGAGCCUGAAACAGGGCAAAAACCAUCGAGACCCAGCAGUCAGUGGGGUCGUGAGAAAGGGCGCGACGAACGUUUUCAAGCCGUAGGCGGAAACCUCAGUUUCGUAGCUUCUUUUCUCCCGACCCAACUGACUGCUCCGCGAGGAUGGCCAAAAUCCUGAGGAUUUUUCUUUUUCUCAUUGUUUUAGCCACAUGCUGAAUAUACGGUACGUCGCAUCGACCGUAUCAGUGAGAAGCCAGAAGGGAAACGUUUGUUCUCUGGAUUUGGAAUGAGGUCAAGUUUUUAACGAGAGGAUAUGAUCGCAAUACAGCGAAACACUCAAAGUGAAUCAGUUUUGACAAAGUGCUCACCGGUUAACAAUGAACAGAAAGAUAGCCAGUCAUACGACGCCACCACUGGUUUCCCUCCGCGAAACGACGUCUGAGAAACAACUCUAGAAAUUCCAUGAUGAUCUGCCCAGAUCUGUGUAGUGUUUCUGAUUGGUCGUGCCGUGAGAGGAAUUUGGUGAAGCACUACCUUGGUCUAGUUAGUCACACGUCAUCAGUGUAGAAUUUCUGUACUCGUGUCUCAGACGUCAUUUAGCGCGGAAACCAGUGAUCGCGUCGCCAAAUGUCGGCUGAUUUCUCAGGCUAACAGAAAAGCAUUCAGCUUUUCUUUUAUUUUCAGAGAGAUCACCAAAAGAAGAUAAAAAUGCAAAUUAAACAUUUUUUCAUCAUUUGUUUUUUACGUUAUAGUCAUGGAAAAAAGUAAAGAAUAGACCGCACUUUUUAUUGGUUUACUGGAGAAAAAACCCACGCGGGAUGUUUUCAAUGAGUUUAUCGGUGUUAUAAACCAUAGGUUUUUGGCUGAUCAAAACGCUCGUACUGUCUCAGUUAUUUUAUAAUUUGGAAUAUUUAUUGAACAAGGGGGUUAUUUAAUUUGCUAUUUAAAAAGUUUGCGUGCUGAUUAUUGAGUUGCCUGAUUGUUUUCCGAAAACACUGGAAUUUUUAAAAAUCAAUAAAAAUGAGAAAAUUCUCCCCUGUCUGCGUUCCUACUUUUCUUGGAAAUUCCUUCAAUUAGAAUGUUGUUGUAUGGCCCUAAUAAUUUCCUUUCAGGAUUGUGUUUGUUAUUUGUGGUGAAGGAAAAGAGGUUCUUGAAUUCAUUCCUUUAGGAAGAAAUUAUCAAAUAAUUAAAAAUUUUUAAGUUUGAGUUCUUGGUACUCAGUUUGUAAAUUAUCCUUAGGCCCUGGUCAAAAGUCGAAUUUCACGUGUGAGAAACCUAAUGGUAACAAGCAAAAGCUGUUGUUAGCAUUACAUUAUGUUCACAAGUGCAGUAUAAGCCAUAAGCUGAAAUGAUUUCAUGCUAAAAAGCUUACUGCUAUUAUAGAAAAUAGCUCUGAAGGUCAAUGAAGGCCUUUUUUCUCGCUUUUCACUGUGCAUGAUUCUUUUUUUUUUUCCUCAAAAAUUUCUCUUAAAUUUGCUAAUCAGAGUCCUUCCUAAACUGGCAAUGGAAGAUCUAUCAAGGUUCUAAUCUUUCUGUUGGCUGGCGUAAAAACGUUCCUGGGAUGCUUGACCCAAUUGUCUGCCAGCAGGCUCUCGCGCUGGAGUUUCGUCUGACACCUCAAGUUCUAGACAGCGAGCGGUCAUCCUUUUUUCCUCCGGGGCCAGGCGCGGGGAGCGAAAAAGUAAAAUAUGCAAAUUAAUGUUUCUGUCGCCCUUCGCGCGAGCCCUCGAACUACUUUGACCCAGAAAAGACAAAAAAAAAAAAAAAAUGAGAGACUGCUCGUAGUCUACCUAAGCUCUUGUUAAGCUCAAAGUGUUUAUUAAGCAAAAUCCCAAAAGUUGCAGCCAGGCCAUGUUUACUCUCAAAGAGCAUCUUAGAAGAUUCACGAUUUUCGGGUUUCAGUUGGGCUUGGAUCGUAAAAAUAUGAGGCCUACCACGUCGUCAUUUUUAACUUGUGGGUACGCGCGAGCGUAGACACGAGUUAUUGCAGGGACAAAACUAUGCAAAUGAGUCACUCACUCACUCGUAGUCGACGGACCUCUUAAUUAAUCGGCUCCGAACUCGACAGUGCGAAGAUCUAUCGUUUCCGAAGAAGCAAACGCCCGCCGAAGUUCUUUGGGAUCAAAGUCCUCGCUGACGCUGCUAAGGCUGUUUUCUUUGUGGCAAAUUUUAUACAGCACGGUUAGAGGUCUCACCGAAUUUAAGACACGCAGGAGUCUUUCAAAUUAGCACAAUGGUUGACUUGGGGAUUGGACGAGGAGAAGAGCAUUUGCUCUUCGAAUCCCCAAGAUCACUGGGAGGAUACAAAUUCCAGCUGGCUGGAAAGUGAGAAAAUGUCAUGCUAUGCUAUUCUUUGAGAACCUAUAUGAACCGAAAACGGAUCGGCGGUUCCAUAGAAAAGGCGGUAAACUGAAGACUUUUCACCGCCGUUAUGUAAUCAUCCUUGGUAGCGUAGUAGCGGUGAGGAGAAGUCGCUCUGAGCCAAAGAUGUGGUGUUCAACUCCUCUCUAACAUUCGUUCUUUUUUUCUUUCGUUUUCCUUUUGUCGUUAUUUGUUUGUUUGUUUGUUUUUUUUGGUUUCUUAUCUUUCUUCUCCCUUUUGAAUCUGGUAAAGCGGAACAAAGAUAGUAUAUUUUAUGGAUCAACCAUCUGAAUACAAUUUACUGUGGGAAAACCAGAGUUGAUAACCAUUUGACCCAUUUUCUAAACAACUUACCCACGGGUUGACGAUAGUCUUCCUUUGAUUGUUAUAUAUUACAGUUAAGAUAUAUGAGUCAUUGACCAAGCGUGAGGACAAAACGGUUGUAUAUUGAUCAAGUUCUUUAGUUUUCAGUGCUCACAAUAAGCGUCUGCCAAAAUUCGUGCUUGGAGAGAAACAAACACUCAGUAGCGUACUUCUAGUGUGCUAAAGAUUGUUAAAACAGUUUCAGGAGCACUACUUGCAGGAUAGUUUAGAAAUCGAUGGAGUUAGGGCAGGAAGUUGAGGAAAAUUUUGGCUCAAGCCUGGCCGUUAUCAUGCAUGGCAACGUGGCUGCUCAAGUCAUUGAAAACCGUGGCACCGAACACGACUCUACUCGACUCGUGCCUGAUGUGAGCAACAGAAAUCCUUCCAAUCUAAACUCUUUCUUAGAGAAGGUAUGCCUUUAUAUCGGAGCCCUGUUCUUGUUCAUAUUAUAAAGAUGAGGCCUGGGACUAAGUUAGCCUGAUGUCUGGCCAGGGUGAUUUUGGGUCGAAAAACUUCGAGUUCGGGUUUGGGAAACAUACCAAUGCUAAUAUCUCACCGCAAAUUUGCACUAACGCGCUGAUUUUUGGCCCAGAGAGGCAUCCUGUUCUAUCCAAAGAACUACCAAAUCCGGUAAUUUCUAAGAUUCUAAGAUAUGUAACGUCAUACUUCUUUACUCCAUUGAUGCCCUCAUGUGGACUGCCGAAUGACACAGGUUUGCAUAGGUUUACUAACUAGUCAAAUCCUCGAACUCGUUUGAACACAACCAAAACCAAACUAGAUGUUUUUUUGCUGGAAAAAUUCGCCUUGACUCAUGCGGUCAUUGCCUUUGUUUGAUUAACUGUGACAUUUAGACUAGAGCAAUGCGGAGGUAUUGAAAAUGGACCCCAGACUUGACACAGUCUAAACACCUUCCUGUAGUUAAGAAUUUAUUUUUAAGUAGCUGUAUAUGAAAUGGAGAAAUACUCUGAAAGCCGUUGUUUAUAUUUAAUGGUCAUUAAUGCUCUACUUUUCUGUAAGCUCCUGAGAAGUGGGUAGACAGGGUUGUUAAGAGGACCGCAUGCAAAUUAUCAGCUGAAAACCACUUCCGACAGGAGUGUGCUCAAUGGUCCUUACUCACCGGGCUUACUAAUUUCCAAGGAUUCUAAAAGACGUCUUUCAUACCAUUCUGUACUAGUGCACAAGAUUCUAGACCUGUCCUAGAAAUAGAUUAGAGCUGAUGCCUUGAACAAAAACAACUCAAAGUUCUUUUCCUUCUAUUACGUUCUGGUGAUGGCUUUCAAAAACAAAGGUAAUUUACGUCAGUUGCGAUAGUGAAUAUUCGCCCUAAUUAUAAAAGGCUAACCAACCAAUCACUCAAGCGGCCUUAAAAAUUUAAAUUACCUUUAAAAAUAGCACUUUCUUUACUAACUAAUAACACUGAAUACUCCGGAAAAUUGACAACAAGCUUUGAUUAACCGGCUUGCGGUAGAAAUUUUCUAUCGAUUAACGGGUAACAUCUAACCUCGCUCGAAUCCCGGCCAGGGAUUAAGGCUGAAGGCUUUCUUUUCGCAACUGCAUAAUUAGCGUAUUUACAUUGUGCACCUGUGAUGACCUGCGAUGAUCUUCUCUGCAGUUAUUUCUUCAUCCCGCGGCUCAAAUAUAUGAAAUUUAUAUCUUCAUCAUUUCAGAGACUAUUAUUGAGCAUGCGAUUCUGAUUAUUAUGAUGAUGAUGAUAAUCAUAAUGUAAUUUUCCUGUCCCAAAGCUUUGUGCCUCUGAAAUAUUUCAUCAAAAUUUCCAAGCAGUUUUUGUAUUAUUGUUUAAUUAUCAAGUUAAAAUUUUUUUACCAGGGAAGGGACAGAGAAGUUGCAUGAUUUGCAUUACUUGGAGGCCAUCCACUCCUCCCUCCUCCUCCCUUUACGGGGUUCGCAUACCAGUCUUGAAAAGUCCUUGAAUUUUAGGGGGAGUCCUUGAAAAGUCCUUGAAUUCCAUUUUUCCUUGAAAAGUCUUUAAAUUUCUGUGCAAAUCCUUGAAAUGUCCUUGAAUUUUCUUCAGCUCCGAAAGUAGUGGCCUGAAAAGUGUAUUUUUUUGUAAUGCUUUUUGGUUGUCCAAGACAAGAUACAAAUUCUAGCUCAGAGAAGUUAAAGAUUUUAUAGAAAAAUGUAAAGGAGUUAGUGGAGGAAACAGUUCAAGCCUUAAAGUUCUGUGAGGAUGGACUGUGAAUAUGCACUUUUGUACAACCUGUGAAAUUACAUUACUAUAGGUGGUCCUUGAUAUAGGUGGGCAUUAAUAAUUCAUUAAGAAAAUACAAAGGAAAUUAAUGUUUAAUGAGUGUUUGGAAAUCGGAUGAAACACUGCUUAGUAUUUGCAUCCUUAAUUUCUCCUUCGAAAAUGAUUUUAUUUGAGAAGAAAUAUCAAACAUUCGACACAGUGUUUCAUCACCAGAUGAAACACCUCGAAGUUCGUCAAAAAUACCCCGCUGCGCGUCGUAUUUUCAACUCUCUUCUCGGUGUUUCAUCUGGUGAUGAAACACUGCAUCUCAUGUUUGAUAUAUUACUUAAAAAAUGGUUGCCAUUUUUUGUAUGAGUCCUCAUUUAGCUGAGUCAGUCUGAUCUUGGGGUCUGUUCACUAAGUAAUCAUAACUUUUCAAACUAAUCAUCCCAAAACGCAACUUACAAAUAAACUGGAAACUUGUUUUCUUAUUGUAUUGUAGCUCGAGUUUACUGAUGUGAUUGGUGAACCUCACGGUUUUCGUUCCCACGACUGUGUUUACAGCUACGCCUUUCGGACAUAUAACUGUGCCAAAAAAUGCUGCUAUUUAUUCCUGUCGCUCCUGUGUGGAGUUCCCCUGGCGCUCUGUUGCGGUUGUUACUUUGCCUGUCUUGGUUUUGAGUACAUCUGGUGUAUAACUCCGUGCACAAGGGCGCUGCGGAUGCAUAUAGAGUUCGUAGGGAAGAUAUUUGGCUACUUCAUUAAGGAGUUCUGCAAUCCUUGCUUUGAAUCAAUUGGGAAGAUUUUCUCCAGAAUUAAAGUUAAAGACGUCACCGAAACGGUUUGA